GUUUUCUAGUCCCUAGACGAUAAUAGGUAGUUGUAGUUAUUAAUUUUCUUGGUUCUCUAGAACUGCGUGACGCAGAUUUGUCAAACUUAUAAACAACCACUGAAACAAAACGUCUCAGUAGCUGUUAAAUCAGGGUAUUAGAUUGUUCUUAAUUUUGUACUUAUUUAUAAAAUUAUUGAUUUAAAUAUCUGUGUACGAACAAAAGUGGUCAUGUCUACUGAAGCUAAAGAAAUACAUGUCCGAGAAAAAACGAAGCUAGUGUUAGACCACCUAGAAAAGGCCGAAAUCGAAAAAGCUCAGCAGAUAAUUCUAAAAAACAAAGAAAUCCUUCGAUACAACUUUGGUUUAAUAAAUUUUAUACCGUUGAUUCCAAGGAUAAGAUUCUCCAGAAAAAUUCCAAAAAAUAAUGACGCCCUUAAAAUGGUCAUCGACAGUGGCUUUCUUAUAUUUACGGAGGAGGACAAUGUGGACGAAUUAUUAUUUUUUGCUGCUGCGAAGUGUGAUAUAGACAAACUGAAAUAUUGCAUCGACAAUAUUCUUGAAAAAAAUCCUGAGGGGAUUAAUCAGGUACGUGAAGGAGACACUUCCCUUAUGUUUUUAAUUAAAUAUGGUAACAUUCCUGACGAAAAAUAUCCGGAAUGCAUGAAAACAUUGGUAGAUGCUGGAGUAGACGUCAACAGAAAUGAUUAUUUUUCUCAUAAUCCCAUUACUUUCCUAGUUGGUUUAUACAGUAGAUAUAUUAACCGAACUAUUAAAGAUGAUCUCGUAAUACGAAAUUUACAAAAGUGCAUCGAAAUACUUCUUGACACAAGAACAAUAGACAUCACGUCAUUAAAACUGAAAAAUUCGGACACAAGUGUAAAGGAUUCCCUGAAAGCACUUCAGUUUAAAGGCGUGGAAUAUUACGAAACAAAAUCUGAAGACGAAAACGAAAAAGACAUCUUAUUCAAGUUCUUAAUAAACAACGAUGAGAAAUCUUUCGUGAAGUCCAAACACGUGUCAAAAUUUUUGGAUGCCGACGACGGAAAUAACACACUUUUGCAAUUGUGUUGUGAAAAAAACUUGAAAGAAGCAGCUAAGUUCUUAAUCCAAAAGGGAGUGGAUGUAUGUAAGACCACAGAAAGGAAUCCGAAGACUCCUCUAGAAUUAGCAGCAAGAAGAAAUCAUCCUGAAAUUUUCGAAGAUCUUCUGAGUACGAACAAGUAUAUUAUUGAUGAACCACUUUUUCUAAUCUUUUUGCGCAGUCGCCCUAAACAUAUAAAAGCCAGAUAUUUUGAUGAAAUUCUGAAGUAUAAAAAUAUAGAUGUGAAUUUAAAAUCCAACAAUGGAAAUACACCUCUGCACUAUGCCAUUAUCUUUUCAAGUACAGAGGCAAUUCAGGUUCUUCUUCAGCGAGGUGCAUCACUAAUUGUUGAAAAUGAUUCCAAAAAGUGCCCUUUAGACUAUAUAUCUUCUGAAGAUUUAGAAAAUUACUUCAACAGAUGUAUUAUACCGGAUACUUAUAACGACAUCAACAAUGGGAAAUAUGAGGUAGCGUUAAAUUAUCGAAAUUUAAUUGACAUGAAUGAGACUUGCAUAAGUUCUGAACUUACGAUAGUUGAGAAAAUAUGUAAUUCAUCCAAGUUGUGUGAUUUAUUAAAUCAUCCGCUUAUAUCGUCAUUUAUCAAUAUCAAGUGGAAACUCGCAGAACCUACUUACAAAUAUCUUUUUAUUUUCCACGUAAUGUUUUACAUAGUUAGCAUUUUGUCAUUCAUUAAUCUAAAUUUGUUAAAUUAUUUAGCUUUACCUUUAGCUUUUGUCUAUGGUGGUAGAAUAUGGUUAACGUUUAGUUGGAAUAACAAACUUUCUGAGAUUGUAGAUAUCUUCGUUUCUACCAUCAUAUUUGUAUCAUUUUUUGUGCCAAGUAACAUUCUUAAAUAUCAGCUAGGGAUACCAGCAACGAUAUUUAUGGCCUUCUCCUUUCACUUAUACUGGCGUUUCAAUCCAAACUUUCCACAGUUUCAUGCAGUAUUAAUUAACAUCUUCACCCAUCUUUUGUCAUAUUUAUUUUAUAUUUUAAGUUUAAUAGUAUUUUUCGGUGCUGCAUUCCAUAUAUUUUGCUUAAUAUGGCAAGAAGAUCAUACAAAUUACUCGAACAAUUUUUUCAAUGAUAUGAAGAGCAUGUCUCCGCUUUUCUACCUGCUUUGCGUUUUUGGAGUUUUUGUGGGUGUAAUGUUUAUAAUGACAAUUAUUAACUCUAUAACAUACUUGCAACUUAAUUCGGAAAAUUUAAAAAACAGCUUUCAAGUUUUAGGCUACAAAAAUACUUUAAUUUUUUUAAGAAACGUGGAAAUUUUACGUAAGACUAAGGGAAAGGGACUAAUUAAAAAUCCAUUCAUUUUUGACGAAGUUGUUCCUAAGGAUCAAGAUGAGAAUACAACUGUCGCAGAUGUUAACAAAAAGAAGCAAAAAAAAGCAAAAAAAGUUAAAAAUAGAUUCUUAGUUAACUUUUACGUUAAUACGAAUAAGUUUUCUUUCGAAAAACUUCUUUCCAUAAAUCUGACAGAUGUUACUGUAUCGAAAAUAAAAAGAGCUCUGAAUCGUUAAUUUCGGUAUCUCCACUUUUUUUGGUAUAUGAAUGAGAAGAUCCAAGACACCCUACACUGAAGUACCUGGAGAACAGUAUUUUUUAAACAUUGUACAAAAAGAAGGUUUUUUUUCGAGCGUUUAUAUUUAAAUUUAGAAUGAGUCAAAACAAAAAAGUAUUGUUGAAAGUUCAAAGGGAAAUAUAUCUGCUCGAAUUUUUUGACUGUAUUCAUAGAAUAUGUAGAAUCUAAAAAAGUUUGUAUUUGUAUAAUAAAAUGUAUACAAUGUG